UGCAAAUGAAAGAUCACCGCACAAAGCUGGGAAAUUUUAAAUGACGCACUACACAUAAAAUUUUGACAACGUUGCAAAACUUUAGAGCUUGCCUCUGCCUGUUGGGGACUGAAUUUGUUAGGGUUUUUAAAUCUGUCAGAGUUUGAACAAGGACAGGACGUUUCUUCAAAUUUCAAACCCAAGCAAAUAAAACUGAUUCUUUUCGCUCGUGAGAAAUUCUUUAUUACAAUCCUCUUGUGGCAAGAAGCUUCAAGAUGGAGAGUUGGGCGAAGGGAACGGUGACGCCGCUGGCAAGCGCAUUUCCUGUUGAAGAAGCAAAGAAAGCUGCACAACAAUUGCAGGAAUCGCUUGAGACAUCGCGCCAGGAGCUCCAUAAGUUAGAUGAAUUCGUCCAAGAUAACCGCAAACUCAUGAAGCUCGUCCAGAAAUUACCAGACGAAAUGUCUCAUAACAUAAUGGUUCCCUUUGGAAAAGCAGCGUUCUUCCCGGGGCGAAUGAUACACACCAAUGAAUUUCUGGUACUAUUAGGAGAGGGAUACCAUGCAGAAUGCACAGCAAAGCAAACUUUGGAAGUUUUACGUAGACGUUCGAAAGUUUUGGAUUCUAAGAUUGAGGGCAUUAAGGCUGUUAUGGAGGAUCUUCAAACAGAGGCUAUGUUCUUCACGAGUACAGCUGCUGAGGCUGAUGCAGGUGUGAUGGAAAUAAGAGAGGACUAUGUAGAAAAGCCUUCAUUGAAAGAGAAACCGGAUUUAGGGCAUCAUUCAUCUUCAGCUAAACUUGAAGCAAGCACUCCUGCUACUGCCACAGAUGUCAAUGAUGAUCCCUCCACAGAGGAUAAAGAAUUUGAUCGUAUCAUGUCAAGGCUUUCUGAACUAGAACAGGCCGAGGCUGAAGAGAAUGGCUCUAGCAGUGAUGAUGGUGAGGAGCCAUCAUCAGAAUUUGGCAGAAUGAAUGACCAUGAACAUGACGAUAGUGAGGAUGAUAAGGUUGAGUCACAAACUCAAAUUUCCCUGGGAACUAGCACGGGUAAACAAAUGUCUUUGGCUAGCAUGGAAUUGCCAAUGAGUAAAGGUUCCUUUGCAUCACCAAGGGACCAGGCCACGAUAAGGAGUCCAGCAGACAUUUUAAAGUUUGAGGAGUGGAAGACAAAAUCAGUGGAUAAAGAUGUAGAUCGCAUAUCACAAUCACAGAAAAAGGUCUCUUUCCAGUUAGAUCCAGUUGAAUCAACAUGUAUAAAAGGAUUGAAGGCAGAAAAGGAGAUUGGAAAUAUAUUGAGUUCUCAAGACAAUAAUGAGCGAUUUUUUCCAUCAAAUACUCAGGCUUCGAAGGAUCCUAAAGUUGAGCAUGAGGACAAAAGACAAACCGAUGCAAGAAAGGCUUUUACAGGUCUUGUUGUAGAGCAUGGUGUAACUGAAGUUUCUGAUAAUGUGAAAGGAUCGAAUACUUCACAGGUUUCAGAAUCAAAGCCAUCAAGACCUGUCUCAAGGUUCAAGAUGCAGAAAGCAAAUCGGUAAUGCUAAGUUUGCUAUUUUUGAUGAAUUCUAUUUCCAGAGCAGGCAGAAAUACGCAACGCAAAGGAACGGAUUAAUUUCUCAUAUAUAUUGGGAGUCAUUCUUGGUCAGAUUAUGCCCGGAGUCCCUCCAUUUUUGGCAACCAGUGCAAUUAUAUGACCUUCCUUUAAGUGCUAUUGCAGGGGUUUGCCAUUGACUAAUUUUGUUAGGUGGUCCGAAAGAGAGUUUAUAUAUGGUCUAGCUAGGAAUGAUUGGAGCGAGAAUAAUGUGCUAUAUUGACCCAUUUUUGUUGACGCUAUCACCAGUACUAAACAAGUGUAUCUUCAUUAAUGUGUUAAUAAAAGUAUUCUUUCGGAAAAUAGUUUUUCCUUUUCUUUUUA